AUCGUAUGAUGUCUAUCAUACCUCCGCACAGCCAUGGGACUCAACAAUCUCUUCGUCCACCUCUUGAUCCUCUUCUCCCUCGCCGUCGCCGGUCUAUGUGAUGAUGAUUGCGUCUUCACGGUGUACGUGAGAACCGGAUCUGCGAUAAAGGGAGGCACGGACUCCAUCAUCAGCUUACGCCUCUACGACGCCAACGGCUGGUAUGUCGAGAUCCCUAACCUGGAGGCCUGGGGAGGGAUAAUGGAGCCUGGGCACAACUACUACGAGAGGGGCAAUCUGGACAUUUUCAGCGGGAGAGCGCCGUGCUUGACUGCGCCGGCGUGCGCCUUGAACCUCACUUCCGACGGAUCGGGCGACCACCACGGCUGGUACUGUAAUUACGUGGAGGUGACCACAACGGGGCCCCACGUACCCUGUGCUCAGCAGCUGUUUACAGUAGAGCAGUGGCUGGCCACCGAUAUCUCUCCUUUUGAACUCACCGCCAUAAGGAAUUCCUGUUCCUACGGCGUUGACCGUCUGUCUCAUGCCGUGAUGAAGUCUUCUGCUUCUUCUUCUUCAUCUUCUUCUGCUUCGUCUAGUAUGUAAGAAGUGAGAAGCAAUUAAAAUGUAGUAGGGUUUUGGAUGUCUGCCAUUUUAGAAUGGAUAAGAUCCAUCUCUUUCUGUCUCGGUCUCUCAGAUUUGUACCCUCAGUGUGUGUAUUACAUCGCCCAAUAGGGCUUCUUCUUUACCUUAUCCCUCCAAUACCUCCUCAAAUGAUGCGAAUACAAGUAAAUGUGAGACAUCCCAAAUUUGUUGACAUUUUCAUUUUUA